ACUGAAUCACCCACCCUGGAUCCCUGCAGUUGCAGUCACUGUCAGUUCAACAUGUGAGACACUUGAGGCAAGAGUUUUGAGACUGACAUGUCCCCAACAGCAGCCCCUCGGGGUAAAAAGAAAACCAAAGCUGCAUUUAUCACAGGUUCAUAGACUGCCAUCUGUAGGAUUCAAGAUAGAAGUUCAAAUCAAGGAACACAGUCACAACUGAUCAUUUAUCUGUAGCUGUUUUGAAAUAAACAUUUCACAUGUUCCCUAAUGGUCUUUUUGAUAUUUUUGAUAAUUCAUAACAAGAUCAGAAGAAAGCAACUUCUUUUGCAAGUAACAGCGCUAAAAUUUUGAAAGACAAAUUUUGCCUUUGCAUCCAUGUUUCAAAGUAAGUAUGAUGAUCCUUUCUGUAGACAGCUGUCGCAGCAGAUACCUAAACAUAUCAAACAAGGAAAAAAGUGUGAUUAACCAUGAAAUAUGACUGUUCAUAGUUAAUUCUUGACAUAUAUGCGUACUCAUUGAAAUUCAAACAGAGUUUUUGUCUCUCUACAAAGAACAUAUGAAUGAAUAUUGUGCAAAAGUUCCAAAACCUCCAGUAUUGUUGGCUAUGUAAUAACACUCAUAGUAACCAAUUGCAGUGUGCAUUAUGCCACUUACUUAGAUGUAUUUUAAUGCAUAUAUCACAGAACUACAGCUCCUGUGAUUUUGGCACAGCUGCAUUGCUGCAGGGAAAAAAAAGUGAUAUCUCUGUGUUACAUAUCACACAUAUCAUUCAAGUUUGAAGGCUGAAAGCUUGAGGGAGAACUGCAAAUAAACUGGAAAAUAUUGAGCUUAGAGUACAGUACAGUCCUCUUAGCUGAUUUUUAGUUUAUAAUCCAUUCAUUUCAAGAUAUAAAUGGCAUCUUGUGAUAAAGAAUAUUCAUCAUAUACAACUGUUGAUGUUAUGAAUUUGUAGGAAAUCCAACUAACUAAGCCCGAAUAAGGGAUGGCAGAUGGCUGUUACCCACUGAGUCUAAUCUGCUCAAGGUUUCUGCCUGUUGAAUGAAGUUAUAUGUUAUUUAUUUAUUUUUGGCAGAUUUGUGUCUGGUUGGUCUCUCUGUAUCGGGAUAACUAAGAGUAUGAGCGUGUUAUUAAUUGGCAAGGUGUAAAUUACGAAACAGAUUAUUUGAUUGGUUGAUUGAUUGAUGGAUCAAUGUACUUAAAUCUGCUCCUGACCCCUCUGUACCAACUGUAAUGUAAAUUUUGUUGUUUAAUCAGCUCUUCAACCUGCAUUCAGCACCUGGGGGUUUUAUUUGGCCAGUCUUUGUGCCUUGAUCAACAUCCUACAGUCUAACCAGCUGAGAUAACUGCCAAAAUAAGGUCUACUGUCUCCACAAUUUAGAUGAAAAUCUUCAUUCAUCUAUUUGUUUCCUCUUGGCUGGACUACUGUAAUUUAUUUUUUUAUCCACCCAUCUUAUUAAAAGAUGCUGCAACUUGAUUUCUCAGAAAAUCCUCCAAAAGGUCUCGUAUUACACAAAUUCUGUUUUCUCUACACUGGCUUCACAUUAACUUCAGCAUCAAAUUCAAAAUUCUUGUUAUCACUUUCAAGUCAUUGUAGCCCUGGACAGGCAAUACCUACAUCAAAGAGCUGUUACAGCUCUACAGGUCCGAGCUGGACUCUGAGGUCUUCUGAUCAGGAUUUGUUGAUCGUUCCGCACCCCAGGCUUAAGACCAAAGGACCUUGGAUCUCUCUGCCACUGGGUUUGAUAUCAGUGGAAAGUGUUUACACUUGUAAAAGCAGUCUAGAACCCAUUUAUGUAGACUUGAUUAUCCUCAAUCUGUUGUGUGUUGUGUGCUCUAAUUAUUACUUUUGAAUUAUUUCAUUUUAUUCCAUUAUCAUUCUUAUCUGUGAAUGACUUUGUGUUCUUACAAAAAUGUAAUGUAAAUGAAUUUCCACCUCUUCUUAUAUUACUUCCGUUAUCUUUUAUCUCUAUCUUUUAUCUGUCAUCUCUUAUCUCUUUUACCUCUAUCUUAUUUUGGCCUUACUGUCUUUUUAGCUUUUGUUAUACUUGUACUCUUUUCUUAAUGAAUCUUUUAGUCCUUUUAUUGUUUUAUUUCGUGCUCAUUUCUGUUGCUCUAUUUUAUCAUUACUUUUAUUAUCAGGAUUACCUGUUAUUAUUCUAUUAUCAUUGUUGAUCGUGUUUUCACUUUCGUCCUCCCUUUUAAUUGCACUUUCCUAAUUUCUUAACUAUUUUAUGUUUUUUUUUUUUUUUUUUUGGUCCUCAUGGACUCAUUUUAUGUUGCAUGGUUCUUGUAUUGUCUGGGUUCUAUGACAUGAAAAUGGCAUUCAAAUCCAUUUUUACUGAGCUUUUUGUUUUUAUCUGUCUUUUUCCAUGUGCUCUAGGACUACAUGUCAAAGCACUUUGUAAACUUCUGUUUUUUAAGUGCUAUACAAAUAAAGUUAUUAUUAUUAUUACUAUUACUAUUACUUAUAAUUAUCAUAAUUGAUAAUGAGGUCCCAAACCAGUUAAUUUCUAUGCUGUUAUUGGUGCCUUUUCUUCAGUUUAACAAUGAUGCUAUAAGGUUACAUGUGUCGUCAACUGACCUGAAAUAGCCCAUUUCUCCUACUUUCUCUAUGUUACGGUUCAGAAGGAUAUUUUUCAGCGUUUCUUGCUUGACUGUGGAGAUUGGAGACCAUUACUGAGACACAAGAGGCCGCUCUUGAGGCGACUCGGACGAAGGCAGCGCAGUGUUUCUCCUCGUUUGACAGCAGAGAGGCUUGUUUUACAGCACAAAACAACAAGGAUGAAGAUUUCAACCGACGAUGCGGCAACACAGAUAAUAGAGGCGACGUUUAGGUAGCUGAAAGAGCUGCUGCUUCAUCUCCUCCACCCGCCGUGUGCUCCAAAAUAAACAGCAGGAGACGUGAAUAUCGACUGCACUGCAGAUGAAUGUCUGUGCCUGAAGUGUCCCCGGAUUUGUUGUUGUUAGCUGCUAAUGCUAACCAUAGAAGUUGCGAGCUAGCUGGCCUAGCAAGCUAAUGGUUAGAGCGAGAGGAGAUUUCGCUGUACAUGUUCGAUAUGCUUAAUACUUACUGUCGAGUAUACUCGGUGUCGUUUAGCUGAUGGAGCAAGUAAGUACCAGCUUUAGUAGUUCAGCAACUGCAGCUUUGUCAAAGCUUUUAAAGUACCAACAGUAGCAACGUUUGUUACCGAGCUAGCUGUUCAGUUAGCCUCCGACACUGUGAAGAAUGAGCAGAAAACACCACCACUUUAAAGGAGCUGAAGUCAGCUGCUGUGUCAAAUACUUCUUAUUUGGAUUCAACAUUUUAUUCUGGGUAAGUACAACAGUCUUUUUUCUGUAUCUUUCGACAUUGUGAGGGGGAAAUACUAUAAAUGUUUACUUCAAGAGUCAAUAAGUGUUGUGGUAAAGUUAGGUCACUGAUUUUAGUUUGAGAUGAUUUUAAGUUUUGGUUGUGUAAGUCAAACAAAAACAUUUCCAUUGGUUUUUACUCUCGUUUUUGGUGAUCCCUUUUUGUCUGUUUUGUUUGUUUGUUGUUGUUGUCAAUGUGUCUAUAUUUGCAUAUUGGAUAAUACCUUUCAGUUAUCUUUCCUAAAGGGUUAGAGAGAAAGUUGAGAGAUAUGAAAGUAGUGAGAUGGGCUAGAAGUCACUAAAAAUAUCUUUAAAAGUUAACAAACUUUUACUUUAAAAAAGUGAUCCUAAAGCCGUUUUUAUUGUCUGGUGAGAAGCUGCAACUUUCUCCCAUCAUGAUUAAGCUGUUGCUUCAUAGUUGGGAGUAAAUCACUGCCUGUUCAGUCUUUCAAUAGGUUAACUUAGGUUUCUUUAUGAGACGGGAGAAAUUUGAUGUUCCUUAUGUCAUUUUUUUAGUGUAAUGUUUUUGUUUUUUUUAACUUGUAUUUUGUGUUUUGGUGUUCUGUAAAGGAAGCUGUGGUGGUGGAAAUCAUAGACAAAAACUAACCUGAUUUUAGUUUCUCCGCCUGCCUUGACUUGGCUGUAAGGAUUAAUACCAUUGUGUUUGAGUUUGAGAAAUGGAAGUCUCAUCUGUAUUGUUUGACCAGUGGCAAUUGAACCCACAUCUCCCUUACAACACCUCCCCUCCAUCAAUCUUUAUCCCUCCUCAGUCUGAAAAGUCCCUCUGUUCAGUCUGCCCUACCCCUCCCUCCUUACCCCUCUGCGUCGAACGCCUCUGUGCGGCUGGCGUAAUAUAAUGUCUGAGGGUGAAGGAAUGGCGUGUCUGUGUGCCCCACAGGGUCUUCCCACACACUAUUGGAAGAAAAAGGCCACACGGGCCUGAAUACCACCCAGCCCUCCUCUUUUCAAAGCACCCUUUUCACUCCCUCCACCACUAUAGUGUUGAGGCUCUGCAGGAUAGCAUUGUUUCUCUCACUCGCACACCCAAAACGCACAAAGAGGGCUGGUGAUAACAAAGACUUUGGGGGGAGGAUUGGGUGUGAUUCUGUAUUUUCUUCCGCUUAUGAGUUUGUGCUUACUGCACAUGGGAUCCACAUGAAGUUGGCUCUCUUCCUGUUCUUCCUCUUUUAGUCACCACCUCCGUAUACCUUAACACUCCUCCUCAACGUGUAGGAGUAUUACACCAUACUAUAAGUCAGCCAUUUUUUUAUUUUGUUUUGUGAAAUAGAGAGAAGGUAGUAACCAUCAUGUCCAUAGAAAAAUAUUUCCUUGAAAAACAGCGCACCAAUAAAUACUUACAAUGGCCUCUCAAAUGAAAAAUGCUCUUUAAUUCAGUUGAACUGAGCAAUCAACAAGGAAAUACUGAGUCAUAGGGCAAUAGUAUUUUGUCUGACUCACAUUGUGCUCGUUCAGACUGUUUUGACACUCAGGCCAAGCUAACAGGCCUGCGUCUGGGCUCUUUGUGAAACUGCUGAACAAGUUCCAGCUCGCUGGCUGUUUCCGUUAAUAAUCACAAAAAGAUGUUCUCCUCUUGUCUGUGUGCUCCCAAACUGCAUUUGACAGACAAGCUGGUGCAUUGCCGAAAUGGAGAGAGAUGAGGUUUAUUCUCCACAAAUCAGCCCAUUUGUCUUUCCUACAGUGAUCUUGUCAGGCUCGAAAAUGCUGCCUAAAUUGAGACAGAAUGCCUGGUGGACCCUAAAUAUUGUGAACAAAAUGCAGCAAUAAACCAGUGUCAUCUCCUCUGUGUGAAUUCCUCCGGCUCCCCAACUUGCUGUUGACACCCAAACAGUUUCAACCAACAACAACAACAACAACAAGACACCUUCACUCACCCGUACAAUACACACAUUCAUCACAGCCACUUAAUUAAUCAUAUUUUCUGCCUGAGCUGCUGAAAUGUUUGGAGUCUCUGCAUGCUGUAAUUAAGAGCUUGUUAAGCUGUAACCCGGUUGCUGAGUUGGUUGGAUGCAGGCAGUGUAUUAUUAGCCAGCUACAGAUCAGAGUGGUUGCUCACAUUUGGCACCCAAGUGCACAUUGGGUGAGCACGUCACAGGUGGACGCCUGUGCAGGAGCCAAGUGUGAAUACAGAUAUUUGACAACCUGUCACUCAAGCCACUUUUAGAGGCAGUUAGGUAUUCGUGUGUCAAUAAACUUUUUGAAUAGCGUGUGCAGCUGUGGUUGCAUUGGAGGAAAGCAGAGCAGAGUGUUGCCAAAAGGUGGGCUUAUGUGUGAUUACUCAGUUUUUGAUUUGGUGUUUGCGCCUUUGAUAUGUCAAAACAAGAAAUUACACCUGGAAUAAUGCAUGCUAGAAGUCAGUGAUGCAAAUAUUCACAGUUUGACGCAAUAGUCUCACAAAAUAAAUGAUCCAGUAACCAAAAACACUCUCAGUGGGUUAAUUGGUAAUAAUUGUAAGCUGCACCUACACUGCAUAGCAGUAUCCCCCUGAAUCCAGAGUCAAAUAAAAGCUGUUUCCCUGCCUUCUGUCUGAGGGCAAAUGUGAAUGCUUUCAGCUCUAUUUGCUGUCUCCCCCCAGAUAAAAUCAAAUGUGAACAGGGAGGCAAAGUCCACUCACAGAGGGACUACACUUUUCUCAUUUAUCUGAUUUGUGUUCAGAUAGACUGUGUCAACUCCAGUCAGUCUCAUCUUGGGUCCACACAAUAUCUCGAUGUAUAUCUGGCUACGAGGAAAUAGCUUUGAACAGAGCUUAAACUUAUCUGGAUUAUCGACUCAGGCCCAAGUGUUCAGAGUCCAGUUAAGUUUAAUUCAUUUCUUUUCCCCUGUUUUAGUUAAGAGCUGCAGCAGUUAAUCAGCCAAAUUGAUAUAUUGAUUUUUCAGUAUCAAGUGUACAGAAGUGUGACUGCAAAAUACGCGUAAGUGUUUUCUAGCAGUGGUAUCAGAGGAGCUGUUGGCCAUGCCUCUGAUAUCAUAUCAUCAAGCCUUCACACGGCUAACCUCAUUAGAAAUUCAGCUUUUCAGGGAGUCACUGAGAGGGCAGGCAUCACACUUGAGUAAGUCUAUAGCCUGUGUGUGACCAGGCAGCGUGCAGCUUGGUUUGUCUGCUAGUUAGUUGAGGUUAAUGGGAUCAGCUGGCUUAGGGAGGCAUCUCCUCAAGUGUUGAUAAUCUGUCUGUCCAAAUGGAGAGAACCCCCACUCCCACUCCUCCUGGGAUUCACACAUCUUAAGCAGUACUUGACAGAAAAGUAACCUGAACUGCCUGAUUUGAAUAAUGAAGGCAUAUACAAGGACAUUCAGUACCAGACUUUGUUUAUUUGCUCAGUGGUAAAAGAUAGAUGUACAGUGAUAAAAGCAGAGGGAUUAGACGGAGUGAUAAAAAUACACCAAGAAAGAAAAACAAAUUACUUACUAAAGCAGGUGAGAUUUAAAGAAUGAAAUCCUGAGGGGGGCUUUUAAAACAUCUUGCCUCAAAACAAACAGAAGCAAUGAGGUAUACACUUAGCUGGAACAAACAAGGACAUAAUAUUGUGUUUUUCAAGAAGAAAGGUUUACGCUGUUAAUUCCCUCGAGAAAGUGCAUUUAUUCUCUUGUUUUUAUUGCUUAAUUUCUGACAGAUACCAGAGGAUCAAUUAGGUUCACCAUGUGAUGUUAAGUAUGAAUAUUUUUCAGUUGCUUGGUUAAAUUUAAAAAUUAAAAAAAAAGAAAAAAAAAACACUUUUUUCCUGGAAAAUUGUUGAAUCUCAGAUUAUCAAUGAAAAGAUUAAGUACCGGUAGCAGUGUGCUGAAACACAUGUGGGUUUGACUUUUGGUGCCUACUAGGGUCUGACCGAUAUGAAUUUUUUGGGGCCGAUACCGAUUUUUUUUUUGGGGGGGGGGUCAGAUUACCGAUUAAUCAGCCGAUUAUUUAAUUCUUUUAUGAAGUUAUAAAAAUAUAUACUGUAGAUUUACUGAAGGCUAUCGCUCUUCACGGUGACAGGAAGACCAACUGAUCAACCUCGGACCAGAAAAGUGUUUUCAACUCCCCCCCACCCCCGCCGCCGAUCGGUGCCUCCGCGUCUUAACUCACAUUACACAUUUCUGGUCCGGUCUCAUCUGGAGACAUGCAGCUGCCUCAGUAGAAGAAGUAGCUUGAUCACUUAAUGUGUACUGUUGUGUAUUCUACCGUUACUGGCACGACUUAACAUAGCAGAUGGCUAACUCUAACUUUAGCUUACAUAUUACAUGGUGCUUCACUGUUAACUCGGCGUGACCGAGACCAGCACAGCGGGGAACAUCGUGAAGUGGGUUGAACUGAAACUUGUUGACUUAUUGUUUAUUUCACAAACUGGUUUAUUUACCGUUGAGGCGGACCGCUCUCCUCCAUGCGUCCCUGAGCUGCCUGCUUCAGAUCCGUCACUCUGCUGUGCUGUGAGGUAGUAAGUGGAUGAAGAUUAUCAUGAGGUCGCUGCGCCAUCUACAGGAUAAGUUGGGGAACUUUUCAAACGGCGGAUCAAUUUCGAAGUGAAACCGAAUCUUAUUCUCUGCAUUUUAUUUCUGUAGAUAUCGGCAAGUUUUGGCCGAUUAGUCUCAAAUGGGCUAAAAUUGGCCGAUUUAAUUGGCUUACUGAUAAAUCAGCCGGGCCCUAUCGCCUACUUUGUGGGGUGUGUUAGAUAAAAGGAAAUGCUUGCUCUGUUUAAAACCAGGUUAGUUCAGUGUCAGUGAGCUUACACAGUCCUUACUUUCUGCUUCAAGAAGUAGGCUUGGUUUACAAAUAGGUCUCAUAACCAGGUACAGAAAACACUCACAAGCUAAAAGGUCAAUUUGUUUGUGUGUGUUUGAGCCGUUUACAGUAAAACACGUUCAAUAUCAAGUUUGGUCAGCGUUCACUUUCCCCAACGAAGGGGCAAAGUUAUUAUUUGUUUCAAAAACAAAGUUGAAGGCAGUAUUGCCUGACAGAGAAAGAGAUUCAGAAAUGCUGGAAGAAAUAGUAAAUCAAAAUGACAGGCUAUCAGGCAUGGAUGCCUCAAAGCUGUCUCACUUUUAAUUCUGCCUCCAAGGUCGCCUCAAGCUGUGACAGUAGGAAAUGCAACUUGACACACAUUGAAGUUCUGUUGACCGAAAAUAACAAGAAAAUAUAACAGAGGUACUUUUCUGGUUCAGUGUCUGGUUGGGGGUUUUAUUUUCGAAGUACCCAAGUGAAGGGGUACGGUUUUUAUCUACCAAGGUUAUAUGACGGUUCACAGAAGAGUAGAAAGAGGAAAGAUGGGAAGAGAAAAGUGGAGAGUGUCCUCACUUGAUCUACAAGGAAAUCCUUUAGAUACAGUCUGUAAUUAACAGUGUGACCCAUGUCAUGAGUGAGUAUGAUAAUGAAUAUUGUGGUUCUCAUAUAACCAUUAAUGUGUGCUCUUCACACAGUAUAUUGAUAACUCUUAAAGCACUUGAGUGUAGCUCUAGAUAGUAGGAGUAGUCCAUCUUAAAGUGCUCUUUAUCAGUAGGGUUGUAAGAAUACAUUGAUAGUAGCAAAAUGUCUUUCUAUUCUGUCAUCUGAAACAUCAGCUUUUGUAAUUCAGACUGCAUGGCACAUAAUCAGAUAAGGGAAUAGUCACCAAACUUGUGAUUGAUACCAUCUCCUAUUGCUCAUGAGCAAGGCCUCCUAAAUUGAAUUGGAUGAAGAUAAUAUAAUGGCACUUCUUGAGUGUCGUGGCCCGUGAAGAUAUGAAAAUAGCAUCAAAAUUCUGUUUACAAAGUGUACACCCGUACUUAGCAUCACUAAGUAUCCAAUCCUCAAUAUAAGCAGCACUAUCUAUCAAAGUGUCAUCAAUUCCUCCUGAUUUCUGUUGUUAGCAGAACAAUGAUGAGACAACAAGGACAACAGCCAUCUAUAGAUGCAUUUACAAGGUUAAAUAGAACAAAAAUUACUUUGUAUCUGCCUCUUUUUAGACUGCGAUAAGUAACAUUAGUGCAACCUUUGGAGUUGGCCUGCUGCAUAAAUCAAACCCUCACUGAUAGAUGCUGCAGUUUCUCCUCAUUUCAGCCUCUAAUGUCUAAGUAAUGUUGGAAACAGUAAUUAUGAUGCAGUCCUCGUAACAGUCAUGUUGAGUGAUUACUUGGCACCGUGUUUUCAAAGUUCAGGCCACUUUGUUGCCCAUUAGAGGGCAACUUCCUGGCGAUAACCUCUGGGGAAUUUCAGCUCUAAAGGGCUGCUUUAAUGCAACAUUACUUUUUUGGCACUGUGUGUCUUAUUCUGAAAGAAGAUGCAGGUUCAGUUUGUCCUUCAGGUUUUUCUCAAGGACACACCUUUUGUGGGCCGCUUCCAUGGCUCUGAAUUGAGAGUAGUGAGAGUGAAGCAUUGUUGUCAAAAGUCACACCCUGGUAUGUAACACAUGCAGGUGUUGUGUUGUCCUAAGAGGAUUGGAGACACUUGAUGCAGUGGCAUCCAGACCUCAGUUAUUUUUCAUUAAGCGUUAAAGUUAACCUGCUGAAUAUCUUAAUGAACAAUAAAAAAAAAAACGCAUAAAAGAAGAAGACAGUUGUGCACAGGUGCUGUCUUUUUUAUUUUGCAGAAUACUAUGAUGUGAGUUUUGCAGGAAAAUAAUUAACAAUCGUCUACAAGAAAUUUUCUGUAGUUACUUUUUGAAGCUGAAUCCAUAUUUAGGAAGCAAAACUAUAAAUUGAACAUCAUAUAGUGAUAAUUUAGUAAUAAUUCAGUGACAUUAAAGAUGUAUAAAAGUUGUCCCAUGCGCUGAAGUGAGAGCUAUUCCUCUGUCUGAGUUUUGUGUGCUCUCCCUUUUUUUUUAUCCAGGUGGAUUAUUUAGAGUCAGGGGAUAAAUGGUUUAAUACUCUGUCUGUCUAAUCUCUUCUACCUGAUCUCCGCCUGGCUACAUACCGUGACUCUUCCUGCGUGUCACUUUCCUGCUGAAGCCACCGCACGCUUCACUACAACCACUUAUGUAACUCAGAGGCAGGCCAGCCCUGCAGUGUCCCCUAACAGCAGCUGUUGUUGUUGCUUGGCAUACUGUCACAUUGUUGGGCUUGUUACUCAGGCUAACGGAUUGCCAUCAGUUUACCUAUUUCCCCAGAGUUAAUCAGCUUCCCAAUGAUAUGAUUUAGCCCCAUUUCAAUGGAGCUAUUAUAUUUCAGAGUGUGCCAUUAUAGAGAGCCCGAGCAAAGUUCAUUACCAGCUCAAAUCUCUUGGGAAUGACAUUUUUGUGUUAGCUGAGCAGUGUAUUAGACAGAGCAAAACAAAGCUGCCCUGUAAUGUGUGAGUUUUGUAAUCCGAGAGGCUUAGUGUGGGUUUUUGUUUUUUUUACAUAUCUCUUUAUAUCAGGUAGUCAAGCACCGGAGCCAUCUCGAGCCAUCACCCAGAGAGGCUUUUUUUCAUUUCUCUUUUCUCAGCAUGUUUUAACUGUGAGCCAGACAUCCAUCCUCCAUGAGCCAGGAGGCUAAUACUGGAGGGAUUUUCCUUAAUUCUCAGGAUAUCAGAUCCUUCAACCUCUUAAGUAGCUCAGUGCAAUGACUCUCACCUGUAGUUACCCGCAGUUGUAGUCAUUUACUCUGUCGACUUUAUUUUUUUAGAAUUUAGUUUGUAUUAUGGGGUGAAAGUAUUAUCGAAACACCUCUUUCUCUAAAGGUCCUUUCACACUGGGACCGUUUUUGUCGUGUGAUAAUUUCGGACGUCAAUAUUUUCUUUCGAACCUGUAUCCUGUCAAUAAGCGUUCACGUCAGCGACGUUUUCCCGUCCUGCGAUAUUGCAGCAUUUAUUUUUUCGUAUCACGGUCGAUUUUUCUAAAGUUUCGCAUACUGUGUGUCCACUUCCGACCAAUCAGAUUGCGUGUUGUUGCAACAUCAGAUUCACCAGUAUAUCCAACAUGGCCGAUUGGCUGAUUGUUUAUGAUCGUUUACACAAACAUUACAAAGAUAACGACCUAAAGGACAACUUGGGGAGUGUCAUAGCGUUGGAUUUCUGAUAUGACAAUGGUUUGUGUUCUUUAACAGGUUGCUAAACGUCUUUGUUUUAACUUUCAUCCGUGGUAACAUAAGCUAACGAUUGUUACCAUAGUUUCAUGUGCUUAUCUGGUACUGGCCCUGACUCAGUACAUGCUACCAUGACAGAAAGCCAUCUCAACACUAGUUGUCUAGUGUCUAGUCCUCUGCCUCUUUAAACUUUGAGCUAAUUGUUUCAGCAGAACUUCAAAUUGUCCAAUGGACAUCCGAAAAUAGGUUCUGAAGCGACCGUGAUACAGUUUCAGCUCCUGAACCAAGCAGUGAAACUCACCAAGUUCUCUUCUGUUUUGUAAUAAUGGAUUCACCCAUGUACUACGUUUCUUUUUCUUUUGAGAAAGCAAAAGGAGUACCAAUCCGCCAUCACUUGAAGUUAAAGUAGACUCCAUUUUUGUCUUCUCGCUUCCACCCGGGAUGUUGUAGGUUGUUAUGGGAAGGUCCCGCCCUCCUUCGCCUCUGAUUGGCUAUAAGUGCUGACUGUUUGGCUUGAGCAUGUGAUGGCAUUUCCAGCUUUUCUAGCCAAUCAGAGGCGAAGGAGGCGGCACUUUCUCCCAGAAAAGUCUUUCCAGGGAUGCGUCUUUUUCCCCCCGGAAAGUCGCAAAAUCGCAUCAGGCUUGAUGUGUAUAGUCAGUCAGGUGCGUCAAAAUUCGUCUCAGAAUAUUUCAUGAUUUCGCGUUCUAUAUUUGUGUCGGCCCCGGUGUGUAAGGACCUUAAAUGAGAGCUAUACAUUUAUCCAUUGGCUCUAAAAUGCAGAUGUCUGUGUUCGUCUUUGACUGUGCCCCUCUCACAUUUUUAAGUGGGGUUGGAUGUUAUAAAAAGAUGACGUCAGAGAAUUAUUUGUCACAAAGUUUAACAUCACAUUGUAAAUAUGAGGAUCCAAGGACAAUUGUUUGGUUGUUUGCUCAUGUUGUCCUGGAGACACGGCUGUAAAUCAGUUGUGAUCCAACCACACCCAAGCUUCCAAGAUAGAAGAGUUUUUUCACUGUUUGUUUCUCAUGAAGUUUUUGUCUUUUUUGAACCAUAAUUGAUGAUUUUUUAUUCUCUAAUAUUUAGUGGCCUCAUUACUUUCAUUCUGAUAGUAAAGUCUCCUCUGUCUUCUUUGACUUACAGUUACUUGGAGCGGCAUUCUUGGGCAUUGGCCUGUGGGCAUGGGCAGAGAAGGUAAGUGUAAACACAUGCACUCAAACACAGACUGUCACAGCAUAGCUAAGAUUCUUCUCCGUAUUCUGGCAGGCAGGAGCUGGAAGUAGAAGUCGGAGGAAAAGCGCGGAUGAGAACAGGGCUUUUGAGAGAAUCGGGGUGGGGUAAAGCGUUUCGUGAAAAGCACCAUUCAUGGAACACUUUGUGGCUCUUAAAGGUGUAUUACCUGGUAAUGGUCCUGGUAAACAUGUAGGAAAUGAGUUAUGUUGAGGCAGCUUAAGCUAAGAUGUGUGCUUGUAGAGGACUUGCUGAGCCAAUAUGUGUUUUUCUUGUAGUUGCAUAAGCUUAAGAUCUGCACAACAAACAAAAACAGAUAUUACAACUCAUUUGACAAAAUAAAUGCCUCAAAUUUGCAUGGUAACUGGUUGCUGUAUAUCAUCCAGUAUAUUGGUUACAAAGUUCAGGUGCUGCCACCAACCUCUUUUAGCAGUGGCCAUUAUUAAACAUACCUCAAAUUGAGUAUGAAGUCAAUUUGUUCAUUAAUUAUCAGGAAGUCGUACCAGUCGGUUUAACAAAUGCUGCUCCAGCGUGGAAACAUGUACUGAUUAGUAACGUCUUGGUCUUGAACUCUGUGCAAAUGGGGCUGUACCGCAGUACCUCAGUGGUACAGCGUGCAUAAUUUAAAGGGAUUAGGCCCUAUGAUGAAUAGUGGGUACUGGAAAGGCAUAAUAGUGAAUUUGGGUCUCACUGACUAAGAUGAUUAGUUUCCUGCCAGCUGCUUUUGGCCAGACUUGUUUAUUGUUUCAGGGCCUCGUGCUUAAAUUCAAAUGAAGGCACUUUAUUCUGCCCCAUAAAAAACACAAGAAUGCAGUUAUACGUCUGUCCUAUAGCCGUCCUUCAGCUCAGCCCAGUGGGAGCUUAACUUAAGCAGGGUGAGAUCCAGGAUUCCUGGGCUUUAGCUGCAAGUGUUUGACAUGUGCACUGAACGUGACAAUCUAACAGCUUGUCAGGUCUGAGAGUGGAUGGCCACACUUACAGAUGAAAACACUGGUGGGAUCCCUUUCAAGAUGGUCCGAAACACGAUGAGAGAUCAUGCGUGAAGCAGAGCGCGUGUUUGAGUCGGACAGACUUUUUGAACUCGCAUCUUUACAAGCCUGAUGUGUGCUAGGUUUUCAUAUUAACUCAACUUCCAGCCAGCUUUCCAGCAUCAAAUUGUUGUAUCAGGUGGAUGAAUUUGUCAGUGUGUUGCAUGAUGGAGAAGUGGGACUGGCAGGAAAAUAUGGUCAAUGCACUGUGGCCCCGGGCUACGAGGGCAGGAUAUGCAGAAAGGAAGGGCAGAUGUCUGAGCGGGAAUGAUUGCAGAAGGCUUCCAGCUCUGCCUCGUCUGAUAAACGUGACUCGCUCUAAAACCUGGACACAGAUCUGUGAGAGUGAAACGUGUUAAAUACAUGUGAGGGUGAUUUGGAAAGAAAACCUUGAUUAGAUCAGACCAUACAGUUGACAAAUCCUUACUGUCUUUGACUUGAAAUUGCAACGUUAGCUUUGUAUCUCUGAAGAAAGCAGCCCCAGCUGGCCUGUCAGCUGUGUUAUGAGCCGAAGUCUCACUUUUUGGCAUAAAGCUCUUCUCAAGGUUAACUGUGUUUUUGAAGAGUGAGGAAUGGCGCUGAGAGCCUGCAGGAGAGACGGCGAGGAUUGAUUUUUGAAGUAUUAUAGUCAGAAUUAACCCUUCUCUUUUGUCUGUCUUCCUCUCCCUCAGGGUGUGCUGUCCAAUCUGUCAUCCAUCACAGACCUGGGGGGCUUCGAUCCAGUAUGGCUUUUUAUUGUUGUCGGAGGGGUCAUGUUCAUCCUUGGCUUUGCUGGCUGCAUCGGAGCGCUCCGAGAGAACACGUUCCUGCUUAAAUUUGUAAGUCAGAGUGCAUACACAGAGUACAGAUGCUGUUUUAAUCACGUCACGCUCUCUUAGAUCAUCCGUUCACACCAGAGCUGUCAAUGUUAGUAGGUGUCACGUUAGCGCACUCUCGGCAGAUUCUGAGGAAAUUGCAUGUAUGUGUUAUCGCUGAACCGCGCUCUCUUUCAGCAUGUCAUGAUCAGAAACAAUGAUCCGCACUUUAAAUGCAAUCAAAAAAUUUUCUUUUCGUGAAAUUAUAUUUCUCAGCUCUAUUUUUUUUAGCUUUAAGUCUAUGAAAUCCUAACACUAUUUUGGGAGGUUUAUUUGUGCUCUGCCUUAUUGAUAACAGCAUGUGACUGAUGGAGACAAACUCGUCUUGUUGCUGGCUGUGAUUCUGAGUAGCUAUUAACUCCAGCCGAUGUCCAUUAGCAGCAGUAAGUCAGGCGUCAGACUGAGGAGCUAAUGUGGCUGUUGUGCAUUUAUCAUUAGCCCCGUCUCCUCCUGCAUUUACUGUAAAAGGAAGAUAUAACGGUACCCCCGGGACUGCGGCUUUUGUUGCCACACUUUCACUCAGCAGAUCAGGAGAGGCCUUACCACAAGACCUGCAUGGGCUGCAUGACAUCAUGGCUGUUGUCUCUUUUCAUUUCUCGAAAAAGAUUCAAAGAGGAUUGUCUUUGGCACACCCGGAUUCUCUGAAGUGACAGAUUGAUUGUUUUCUGUUUGUGUGCGUCAUGUACUCCCCAGUUUUCUGUGUUCCUGGGUUUGAUCUUCUUCUUGGAGCUGACUGCAGGGAUCCUCGCCUUCGUCUUCAAAGACUGGAUCAAAGACCAGCUCAACUUUUUUAUCAACAACAACGUCAAGGCCUACCGCGAUGACAUUGACUUGCAGAAUCUCAUUGACUUUGCCCAAGAAUAUGUGAGUCCACACCUAAUGACUCAAUUUUUUUGGUAACAUGUACAAAACACGUUUAUCCGACUUCCCUGCUUUUGAGCCCGAGGGAGUCACUCCCUUCCUUUGUCAUUUUGUUUUUUAUAUGGGUCUGAACAGCGAUCUUGAAUCAGCUCGGUUCCAGGCAAACAGGAGAAUGAGUCAGCCUCUGCCACUGUGUUGUAAAUCUCUUGAUUAAUGUGAUUGCGUUCCCCUCAAAUGAUUAUCCAAUUAUAUGAAUGAAGCGGUUUAGAUAACGGGCUCUCGUGUGUAAACACCGGGCACUGCCAUGAUGCAUUGUAAAGGCGAUUACCUCCACUGUUGUCUCACCAUUUGUGUCUCAGUAUCUGUUGCUGCUUCCCCGACACAGUAAGCUGGCUGCCCACCCAAGCUGACCUGAGUCAGGCUCUGAAGAGCUGAUUCAAGACCGGAUCAGAGAAAAUAAAUCUGUCUCUUAACUGGAGUUGGCUGUUUAAUCUCUCCCUCUUGUUGCUGCUGUCUCAGUGGUUGUGCUGUGGAGCUCACGGGCCUGACGACUGGAACCUCAACAUCUACUUUAACUGCACUGAGCUGAACCCCAGUAGGGAGCGCUGUGGAGUGCCCUUCUCCUGCUGUGUGAAAGACCCUGCGGUAAGUUCACCAAGGAUCAUUAUUUAGCGGUAUUGCGAGUUAUUAUGUAAACUGUGGUUUAAAUUCUUAUCAAUUAUACAUCUGCAAAAUACAAAUUACUGUGCUGUUGGUAAUAUUUAAAGGGUAUUAGAUAUUUGUAGAUAAGACGUUUAAUCCAUAAUCACUUAUUUACAGUUUGAUGCAUUUUGAACAGAUUUAGAAAGUCUUAAAAAUUGAGGUACCUUGUAAUCCUUGUAUAUUGGUAUUCCUAAUAUGUCAGUAAUUUUUUGUUAACCCCUCAAGGUGAUCAGUUCUGUUGAUAUUAAAGGCCUUCAACAUGUCAAUACUGAGAUGAGGAUCUAACGUGUGCGUUGCUCUUGCAGGAGGACGUCAUCAACACUCAGUGUGGCUAUGAUGUUCGACUUCAAGGGGUUUGUAUCUCUAGACACAUUUCUACGCUCUCUGCUGAUCUCUGCGUGUGGCUGUAACACAUGUUUUACUCCCCUCUCUAGUCAUUCACCUGUUAGGACCUUGCUAUGUUAAAAUUCAGUAUUAUGCGUCGUGGUAUGUUCCAAAUGACUCUAAACCUUCUAAAAUGCCUUAUUCAAUUAGAGCAGAACCAGUUCCCAUUAACAUCAGUGUCAGAGGCAGGAGUAGAGCAUGAUUGGCCGUUAGCGCCAGCCUCUCUGGAUGAAAUGACAAAAAGCCUCUGAGUGGAAUUACUCCUGAGGGCGUGUUGAUUGACACGCCGCAAAGCAGGUUGAUUGAAACAAUCUAAGCUUUUGUUGGAGGUUGCAGCAGUAAUUUCCGCUGUUAUUGAGCUUGAUUGCUGGUCUCGACCCCCCCCCCCAUUAGAAAUAAAUUAAUGAUUGAAGAAACAACUUUGAAGAUCUAAAAUUUUAUAGCAUGUUUAAUUAGCUUUUUUUUCCUAUGGUCCUAACCCUAAUGAUUAUAAAAGAUUCCCAUUUUAAAAAUGCCUGAAAAUGUGUGCUUAAGAAACUGCUAGCACAUUAGAUACAGGGAGUGAAUGAAGAUGGAAAGGGUUAAAAAGCACACAGGGUCCUCUGCAUGCUUCUUGCCUUAAUAACAGAUUGUUCUUCUAACAGGGAUAAUUAGGCUCCAGUUAUAGCCUCAAGAGAAGCCAUACUACACUCUGUAAUUGGCGACUCGGUGGGUUAUGCCAGUCCGUUCCUUUUUCCUCUGUGUGUGGGUGUGGUGGUUACAACUCACUGCACUGCAGUCAGAAAGAUUGCUGUUGCUAGGCGCACAGCAAUACAGUGAACCACCUGCCACUGAGUUGGUAUGAAUUAAUUUUCUCUGUAUGCUCUUCUGCUAACGCCCUGGCCGUUGACAUUUUAGCUGAAUAUAUCAGUGAUGUGCAUGAGUUCCUGUGCAGCUUGUUAGCAGAGUGCAGGCUGGGAAAAAAAGAAGAGCAGGAGACACAGGGAGGACAGCAGCACAACAAAGGAAGGGGGGCUGAAAUAGCUUCAGAGGAAGUUCACAGCCAGAACAACAUAGCGUUUCCUGCUAUUUCAUUGGCUACCAGGGGGCUCUCUCUACUUCCCAUUGGUUGAAAGCUAGCUUUAAGGUUUUCCGAGAGAACAAAGGGUCUUGACUGCCUGACUCUUCUUGAAGAGCAACAAAGGGAGCAUUGUAAAAGGUCCCUGUUCACACCCAUUCUCACCCUCAGUUUUUAGUGUCAGUGCAGCUCUAAAUUACACCUUUUUCUUCCGUCUGAAAAGACCACAUACAUCAUCGGCUGAAUCUGACAACACAAACAACCAUCUGUCCGGUAACAGGAAACAGCUUCUCCCUGUUUAUUUAGGCCUGACAGGGUCCUCUGAGAAACUGAACACGCUGCCUUGAUAUUCUCCAUCAUGUCCAGACACUGACACAUUGUAAUCUCCAAGUGACUCAGCUAUCACUCACUCCUCUUGCCUUCCUCAGCGGUUCAAGAGUCAGGAGGCAAAAUGCUAUCAGUGUUUACUUUGUGUUUUUUUUUUUUCCAAGCUUUAGUCAUAGGGCAGAGUUUGGAUGUUUGUUUGCAUUAUGCAAAGGUCAAUGUCUGCUCUGUGAACUGUUCAUUUUAACCUGACUCCAAAAACAACGUGCUUCCUUUUUAUUUUGAUUCACCUGUAAUAUGUUUUUAUUUUAAAAAGGAGCUGGACCGGCAGAAGUAUAUCUAUACCAAGGGCUGUGUGGGACAGUUUGAGAAAUGGCUUCAGGACAACCUGAUUAUUGUCGCUGGAAUCUUUGUUGGUAUUGCACUUUUACAGGUAAGGGGAAAAAAAAAAACAUGUAGACUAUUUUUGUCGCAGUCAUUUACCUGAAAACCACUGCUGCAUCUGAAAUGAGAUGUUUACCAUAAACCCUCAAAAUGUCUGAUCUGAUUUUGCAUCAUCAAUGCCAUCUAGUGGUAACAAUGGGCCACAUUAAGCAAAUCCCAGAAGCCUGCUGUAUCAUGCUGUAUGGUGGUGUCAUUUUCUGUAAUCUAAUAUCCUGUGUGGUUUCAACUUUAGAUUUUUGGUAUCUGCCUUGCUCAAAACCUGGUGAGUGAUGUCAAAGCCGUCAAAGCCAACUGGUGACAGGAGAGGAAGGGAGACAAGGGAGUUUUGCCCCUCAGGACCAGCCAGGUCAACACAGCACACUAACAGUCCCUUCCGGACGAGGAGGGAGAGCCGAGAACACUUAACUCUUUGCCACUGAGCUAAGCAGCACAUACCCUCUCCCGCUUGUACACACAGACUCAGAGUUUACCUGCCUGAUGAUCAGAGACACUUGAACAGGGAGAACGAAUCCCACACAAACCAAACUGUCGACACUACGUUUAACACUCUGCUGGGAUUUUAACCCAAAUAUACAGAGGACGAUCCUGCCUAUUUCACUUAGAUUCGUUUAGUUUUUACGGUUUCCUUUCAAUUUGGUGUUGGACAAGUGUAUUUAUCGGGGGUGCAGUUGCACACGGACUCCUGUCAGCUUGGAGAUUGGAAGCCAUGGACGAAAAUCAGAGACAACCCUGGAAACAAAGUAAAAGGGACAGCAAGUCUCCUUUUUUUUAGGUCAAGCAUUGCAUUGUCACAGAGCCUCUUUUCACACAGUAAGGAGUUGAACAUCCACAGCAAACAGCUUGUUUUUAAGUGUUUCUAUUCCCACUCCCUGCUGCAGGGCAGAGUGGGUGGCUUGCCAGUUGGGAAACAAACACUAUAAGGAUACUCUGUGUGUAAUAUUUCUCUAUCGUGACCUUUUUUAUGACCACUGAAAAGACUGAGAACGCUUAACAGGUCAAGUCUGCAACUUCAACUCAUUUCAAGAGAUUUAACUCAAAAUGUAAAAAGUGCCAUUAAUUUCCAGUGACAUUUCCAGUGACAUUUUUGCGUCUUCUUGUUCUGAACAUGGAAUCUCUGCAACCUGCCCCCACAAUACCUCAGGGCCUCCCAAAGAUAUAUGCUUUCUGCCCCUGGUUAAAAGCAUAUCUAUAUUUUUAUUUCCAUCCGUAUCUGUUGAAUUUAGACGGAGUAACUUAACACAGACAGUUCCUCAAACGUGGUCCUGUUUGCCCUGCAGUGAUGAUUGUAUUAUCUGUUGAUUUACUGAGGGAUAUUAUAUAUGGAGUGGUCUGGUGAAGUUAGAGUGUUAGGUGUAUGCUACACAGGGAAAAAGGGUGUGAUGAUAGUCGAGAUAGUUUAAACCUCUGAGCAUCCCUCGGGCACAUGGGAUUGCUGGUUCGGGGCCUUUUUACUUGACUGUGUUACCACGUUUGUCUUAUAUUUUGUUCUAAACAUAUUGAAAUAUUUUCUCUCUUAAAGAUGUCCGUUAUUCAUCCUCAUAUUUCCUGUUAUUUUCAAAUACAGAUUUUUAUUCAGAUUGAUUGUUUGACUUCAGCAGGCGCCUGUUUAUACCUCCAACUCAUCAGUCAACUGCAAGAUAGCUUCCUAUUGUUGAUGUUGUUAGCAGUCCUUAUGGAGACCAAAUAAUAUCAGCUGGCCGCAAGCUAACUGCCAAGGUUUUGUCUGGCUACCAUUCUGAUUUUAUUAGGAAUGCCAAGAACAAACAAAGCAUUUCUAGAUAGCCAAAAUGUGAAUUUAUCAUCCUUUAAUGUUGGAAGUGCCAGUUGAAAUGAGAAAUCUCAAAAAAAAAAAAAUCUUAUGUAACACUAUCGCUUUUAUCGUUAAUUGAUUUUUGUGUCUUUUGUUUGGACUGUUUUUUUUUUUUUUUUUUAAAGCUAGACUAGUUACUGAAAGCUGUCUUUUUUUUUUUUUUAAAUAACAGCCUGAAUAUAAAAUGAAUGCUGCUUUAACAAUGACGAGAUAAUGGUUGUAUAGUACAGUAAUCCAUAUAACACUAGUCUCACGUAAAGGCAUUAGAACAGCUUGUCGUGUUGUUUUUUGUUUCCAGGCUGAGCGGAUAUUAAGAUUAUAUGUUCUUUUUCAAGUUUACACUUUGUUCGUGUCCCUCCUUUUAUGUACAUCAUAUAAACCCCUCCUCACAUUAUGUGUUGCCCUCCCAGCUUUUCAUCUUGUCCAUGAUCCUCACAGAAUGUGUUUGCUUUAGACCAGUGUUCCCUUUAUUAUUUCAAACAUCAAACAUAUUUCACAGGCAGGAUUUGGGUGGGAUUUACUUGACCAAACACAAACUCAUAUACUCAUAUACAUAGCUGGCCCCUAAACAAACUAUCUCAAUGGUUGAAGCACCCACAGGCUGAAAGACGAGUAGCAUUAAUAUUCUGUGAACAGGGAAGCAAACUUUUCUAACUUCAGAGUCUGUCUUCAGAAUAUAUAUUCAUACACAUCAAACUUCAUUUUGCAACUGCACCUUAUGAUCCCUGCUAUGCAUACAUGUCACAUGCUGCUUCCACCCACACACUCAAGUCUUCAAAAAUCCACCUGAUCUGACUGCACCUGUUCCCGGGCCUGUCGUCUGAAUGUAUUUUUAAACUCUGAGCUCGUUUGGGGAAAAAAAAGAGGAAUGAAAAACAAACAACUAUUAUUUGAAUCGAGCCAUCAUGAGUAGAAUAGAUGAAUCAUACCACAACACAUCUGCACGUAAUGACUUCUCUCAGCUGAAAUGGAUUGGUUUCUAUAGGAGAGGCUUUCAUUUCAGCUCUCGAGGUAUAAUCAGAGAGUAAGAGCCUCGAGCAAUCACAAAGAACAUCCUUUUUUCCCCUCGGAUCAAAUAUGGAAACAUUUACAGGAUGAAACGACUCAGCGCCGUGGUAAAUCCUCACCCAAACUUGCCAGGUUCUCCUGAUUUUUGUGUUUGCUUGUUUUUUUUUGUUUUUUUUAACUUUUUAUCCUCUUCUUCUAAAUGUGUGGGCCGCUUUGAUUUCACUAACUGCUGUAAAUCAAUCCGUCCCACUCUAGUCUAGAAGAUCAGAAAGAAGCUAGAGCGGUUUUCCUCCCACCCUCCACACCUUUUUGGUGUAAUCUUGUGUUGAAACAGAUCAUGUGUGAUUAAUCACUUUCACAAAUCUCUGAAGUUUUUACAUUUUUAUUUAACCACCCUCAGUUGGAAGUGUUUGCUCAGGGUCUUAAACAUCCCCGCUCUUCGUGAAAAAGACUUGUGCUUAUGCAUACAAGAAGAUUUUGUGUUGUACACGCUGAAGUGGAGAGCUGAUUUCUUUUGAGUGAUGCUGAAGAUCUGGCUGAAGGCACACGGAGGCCAAGGGUGUCCGUUCUGCUGCAGUCUAGAGCUGCAGCUCUUAAAUAAAAAGCCCCUCUAUUAGCUCUCUUGCUCUCUCUAUUGCUGUACAGCUACUGCCGAUAUGCCAAUAAUCAUACAGUCACCUUGGUAAUAAGAACAGUAAUACCAUUUUAAUUUGUGAUAGCAGCAUGGCAGGAUUUUAAUGUGCAGAGGGGACUCACUGGAGUAUGUUUGUUUUAGCAGCUUUGGGUUAUUCUGGGCUGUAUUCCUUGAACUAAGGGGAAAGGGUGGAAGGAGACAACAAUGCUAAUUAGCUUUGUCCUUUAUCAUAAUGGCCUUGCAUCAUGAAACACCCUCUUAAUUUCUCUGCUUUCCCUGUGGGCAGUUGAAUCAUUCCCGAGGAGGAGCCUUAUGCAUACCAUGAAUGUAUAAGUCUUAUCAGCAUGGACCUGGUGCUCCACGCUCUCUUAGAAAAUCUAGUUACCCUCAUGCAACGCAAUGCACAAGACAAAUGAAGUUAAGGAAUGUGAAAUAACAAAUAGUCAUUAGUGAUGCUUCUUAGAUGUUAUUCUGGAUUUACAUUUUUUAAAUGUGUUUCAGUGUGUGUGAAAGCAGAUGAGCAUUCCAUUUCUUUCCGUUUCCUGGCAUGUGUGCAGACCGGCACGGACAUUUUAUAUGCAAUCACAAAGCAUUUGAAUCACUAAAAGUAACCAGUUAAAUGCUGUCUUUCUAAUGUAGCUGCAAACAAUGUGGGUGAUUCCUAAAGACUCAAAUCAUCUCUGUACUCCAGGGUUUUGAUAGUCUGUUCUUGAUAUUUCACUUCUUUGCAACAUAUGCAAAUGAUUUGACUGAACUUUUUAACAUUUCCUUUAUGCAUAUACUACACACUGACUCUAUGUGGCGAUGUUUAUCUAUCCUGUAAUACUCUGCUUGUUUUGAAGUCUGUUAAUGUCUUGAGGCAUAUUUGUUGAUAUAUCUCAGUACAACAGACUUGAACAAGUUUUACCUCAUGGUAUGCAGAUGCAGGUCACAUUAGAGCACAGACAAGCAGCAUAACUGAUUCAUUUGUGGACAUAUUCAGAGCAAUAUAGCAGAUUGUAGGAGUGGCUUUUCCAGAACUGAAAGCUAAAUUUGAUCAAGACACAAGUUUGAUCAGACUGGGAGGUUUUACAGAUUUGCUCUCACUAUAAAAACCCAGAUACACUAAUAUUUUGACCAGGCUGAAACCACUAAACUAUAUCACUAUAUCUUUACGAUAUUCUUCUUUGAUUUACCUCCAGUUUGUACGCUUUUCUUUUCUUGUUGCAGCAGAACUCAACAGUCAAAACUAUCAUUCAUCCAUUCUCUCAGUUUGGACCUGUCUACUCAGAUGGGUAGCCUUGUAAAGAAAUGUUGUAUAUGAAAACUGUGGGACAUGGUCUGUUACACUGUAUAUUGUGUUAAAAUAUGCCUCUUUCAUAUAUUAAAGGAUUUAUGAUAAAACAA